UUCCCGAAGGUCCGGAUGAGUGGAGCCACGCUCUGAGCUGCCAGAGACUGAGUGGAAACAGCAGAGCAGAAACCAUUUUGUCUAAGGAAUGAUGGAGCCCCCAGUGGUGGCUGCUCAGCUAAUAAGGCAAGUGCUGCUUUUCUUUGUUUUCCUGGAAGGAUCCUCGGUUCUUUCCGAGACCUGGAGUUAUUCUGUGGCAGAAGAAAUGGAUGCUGGCUCCUCUAUAGCCAAUAUAAUGAAAGAUAUGGAUGUGGGGGAUCUGGCUGCCCGGGGGGCCAGAGUUAUAUUUGAUGACUACCAGCAUUAUUUGCGGUUAGAACUUGAGACAGGCAACUUGCUCCUAAAUGAAAAACUGGACAGGGAGGGACUUUGUCCUAGCAGCGAACCCUGUAUAUUGCAUUUCCAGGUGUUAUUGGAAAAUCCUUUGCAAUUUUUCCAGGCUGAGCUUUUGGUUGAAGACGUAAAUGACCAUACACCCACGUUUUUAGAAAAAAUCAUAUUUCUAAAUAUCUCAGAAGGUGCUACUCCAGGAACUUCAUUCCAAAUGGAUAAUGCUCAGGACUUGGAUAUAGGAAUGAAUGGUGUCCAAAACUAUACAAUAAGCCCCAAUCCUUAUUUCUACCUUACGUUAAAAGACAGUGGUAAAGGAAGAAAAUACCCAGAGUUGGUGCUGGAUAGAUCUCUGGACAGAGAAAAGGAAGCUUCAUUUAGUUUAAUAUUGACAGCUGUGGACGGUGGGGCCCUGCCCAGGUCAGGGACUGCACUGAUUCAAAUUGUGGUUCUGGAUGUCAAUGACAAUGCCCCUGAGUUUGAAAGAACCCUGUAUGAGGUUCAAGUGCCAGAGAACAGUCCCGUGGACUCACUGGUAACCAAGGUGUCUGCUACAGAUUUGGAUUCGGGAAUAAACGGAGAGAUAUCUUACUUGCUUUCUCACAGCUCUAGAGAUGUACGGAAAACAUUCGAAAUCCAUCCAAUUUCUGGUGAAGUCCGUUUGAAAGCGCUCCUAGAUUUUGAGAUAGUUCAGUCUUACACCAUAAAUGUUCAAGCCAAUGACGGUGGCGGUCUCUCUGGAAAAUCAGCCAUUACGGUUCAGGUUACGGACGUGAAUGACAACCCACCAGAAAUAGUCAUUGCGUCUCUUAUGAGCCCCAUCCCGGAGAACUGUUUGUCAGAGAUGGCGGUCGCUGUUUUCAGUUUACGAGACCAAGACUCUGGAGAAAACGGGAGAAUGAUGUGCUCAAUUCAAGACGUACUCCCUUUUCUCUUGAAACCUACUUUCAAAAAUUUCUACACUCUAGUAACAGAGCGUCCACUGGACAGAGAGAGCAGAGAUGAGUACAACAUUACCAUCACAGUCAGUGACCUGGGCACAUCUAGGCUCACAACCCAGCACACCAUAACAGUGCAGGUGUCUGACAUCAACGACAACGCUCCUGCCUUCAUUCAGCCUUCCUACACCCUGUUUGUGCGCGAGAACAACAGCCCCGCCCUGCACAUAGGCACCAUCAGCGCCACAGACUCGGAUUCAGGCUCCAAUGCCCACAUCAUCUACUCUCUGCUGCCGCCCCAUGACCCACAGCUGUUCCUCGACUCGUUGGUCUCCAUCAAUCCAGACAACGGGCAGCUGUUCGCCCUUAGGGCGCUGGACUAUGAGGCCCUGCAAGCCUUUGAGUUCCAUGUAGGUGCUGCAGACCAAGGCUCUCCUGCGCUCAGCAGCCAGGCGCUGGUGCGCGUGCUGGUGCUGGACGACAACGACAAUGAGCCCUUCGUGCUCUACCCCCUGCAGAACGCCUCUGCGCCCUGUACAGAGCUGCUACCCAGGGCUGCUGAGCCUGGCUACCUGGUCACCAAAGUGGUGGCUGUGGACAGUGACUCUGGCCAGAAUGCCUGGCUAUCUUUCCAGUUGCUCAAGGCCACGGAGCCUGGGCUGUUCAGCGUGUGGGCUCACAAUGGCGAGGUGCGCACCACCAGGCUGCUGAGUGAGCGCGAUGCAACCAAGCACAGGCUGCUGCUGCUGGUCAAGGACAAUGGCGAGCCCCAGCGCUCUGCCAGCGUCACUCUGCAGGUGCUGGUGGUGGAUGGCUUCUCUCAGCCCUACCUGCCUCUGCCAGAGGUGGCGCGCGAUACCGCACAAGGUGAUGAAGAUGCGCUCACGCUGUAUUUGGUCAUUGCUUUGGCUUCUGUGUCUUCAUUGUUCCUCUUGUCUGUGCUGCUGUUCGUGGGGGUGAGGCUGUGCAGGAGGUCCAGGGCGGCUUCUCUGGGUGGCUGCUCUAUGCCUGAGGCACACUUUCCUGGCCAACUGGUGGAUUUUGGUGGUACAGGAACCCUGUCCCAGAGCUAUCAGUAUGAGGUGUGUCUGAACGGAAUGUUGGAUUCCAAAGAUUUUCAGUUCCUAACGUCUGUGUCUCCCAAUCAUGAGAGGGCUGUGAAUUGUGUGAAAGAAAAUCCCACCUCUAUGAAUGGUUUUGGAUACAACUAACAAUUGGUUGACUUUUCUGAUGAUUCUGC